AUGACAUCGCACGAGAUCAUCCAGUCUACUUCUUCUGACCCGCUCAUUGCCCUUGGUCCAUCUUUAUUCCUCCAGAUCCUGUCCAAUCUACCCUUAUCGUCUUUACAAACCUGCAAUUCAGUCCGCAAAUCAUGGCAGUACCUUAUUGCCUCUUCUCGAGGUACUCUAUACCGACCCAUAGCUCAUCAAAUAGGUAUCGAAAUACCCCAUGUAAAAAACCUGGAGGCACUCGAAAAAGCUACCGCGCAAUCUUCACUUUGGAUGGAUCCUGAAGAACCUCCAGAAACAGAAGAGCCAUCUUCAUCAGGAGCAAGCGUAGAUUGGAAAGGAGUGAUCAAAUCACAUGUGGAUUUACAGAAUAAUUGGAAGUUCGCUAAAGCUAAGAAUCAAUGGAUAUAUCCAGGUAGAAAUACUGUGUGGAGAAUAAAAGUUGAUAAGGAGGAAAAAACCAUAAUCACUUCUAGUAGAUUAGACGGUAUAUUGAUAUCUGAUAUGGAGACUUCUGAACCUUUGUUUGAAUACGAAGAUAUGACACCUUAUUCGCAUUUGGAAUUUGUCAAUGGACAUUUGAUCUUCAAUACUGGUGAUGAUCACACAUUCGAAGUUCAUAUCACUCCAACUGCGUUAAAACGACUCUCACCUGAAAAACGAAAAUCCCUUCCACCAGCCUCUCGAUCUGCUACCCGAGGGGAAGGGUAUUCAUUCCCAUUGCAAAAUCAUUAUACUCCUUCGACUGAUCGCAGUAGCAUUCCACCCAGAGGUCAUUUAACGUAUUAUAAAUCGAUAAGACCAAGGACUGAAUGUUUUGCGUUUCGAGCUAGGGUCGAUAAAGAAUAUACCGAAGAUGAGAGGUUGAUGUUUGGAACCAGUAGUGGCACGGAAGCUUAUAUCUAUAACCUUCAAAGUGAAAAUAAUUCAGACAUGGAGAAAUUCGUUUUUGAAAGAGAUGAUAGAGGUAGACCUAAUUAUAUCGAGUUUGAUGACGAUUAUCUAUUUAUCUGUUCAAGAUUUUCAAUUCAUGUAUAUUCCAGAUUGACCAAGAAAAAGAUCAUGACGUUCCCCCCUGCUGUCACCGCCCCUUUCGAUGCAGCUUCAGCCAUAUAUACCUGCUUCGACACAAGCAAAGACUUCAAAAAGGUACCCAAGAUACGGAGCGGACAGGUGGUGAUCGGAGAAGCGAAGCUUCAAGGUAAAUGGAUAGAUGAUGCUGGGUUUGAAGGUGUUAUGAUGAGCACUGGUCAAAGUAGAGUAGCAGGUCGAGAGUUUUCCGCGCUUCAUUACACGUCGAAAGAUCUAUUUGCGACCACAAGAGCAGGGACACUAUACAUGUUGAGGAAUUACCACGAAUGCCUAUCAAUUCAAGAUCCUAUACUACGCGACAAAGCAGUGAAUGCAAAUCUUAUCGCUGUUGUCUUCAGAGAAUCUUUAUUGCAAUUAGCUACAUAUGGUGAACAUGUGGUAACUACCAGUCCAACGAGUAUGUUCCUUUUGGACACCUCAUCACUCCCCCUUCCACCGUAUAACACCGGUUCGUCGGACACCCGACCCUCGAUAAGAAUCAACAAACUACUCAACGUUCACGAAAAAGGCAUGGGUCAGUGUUCAUGUCUACAACUAGAUAGAGAGAAGAUAUAUGCUGUCUAUUGGGCUUUGGGAGAAUCAGAAGCUGGAGGAGUACAAGAUCACGAUGGGGGAAAGAUAUUACCUCCCCCAGAGGCAACAAGUGAUUUUGGAAUAUGUGUGAAAGUUUGGAAUUUUGGUGUGAACAAUACUGAAUAUCAAUGA